CAUCAGUAGUCUGUGGCUUUAUAACCCGUCCCAGUCUAAAACCGGAUCUGCACUAAUACGCUGCUCAUCUUUUCAAAUACACUUCUCAGAUUGAUUGAUCUGGUGAGUAGCAGAGAGGGUUGUUCAUCCGUUUGAUGGAAAUAACAUAAUAAUAAUAAUAAUAAUAACUAAAUGUAAGCCUCGUUGUCAUGUUUUCAGGAGAAUGGAACUAUUAGAGAUAAUAAAUAAUAAAGCCCUCCUCUUGUUCACAUCAAUGUUUUAUAGAUGACACUCAACGUGCGUGUGGUCUCCAGUCCAGCAGGUGGCAGCAGGUCGACACGUCGAACCAGACGCUCGUCAGAGAAAAGCUCACUGAGCAUGCGCAGAAACUCAACCCGGAAGUGCACCGAGUAAACAACCGCGCGAGCUUCUCCUCGUUCUCCGCCGUCUGCCCUCCGCGCACAUGUCCCAGAUCGAGAUGCUGAGGCUGCUCAUCACGCAGCGGCUCACCGCCGCCGCGGAGGAGAUCUUCGGCGUGUUCGGAAGAACCAUCGCCGACUACGAGGAGCAGAUCUCCCGCUCCGAGCUGGAGAUCUCCCGCCAGCGACGGCUGCUGGACCUCUCGAGGAAGCCGCGGGUCUCCCUGCGGACGGCUCUCCGCGAGCAGCAGGACUGGAGCUCCGGGCUCAGUGACGCCGAGGCUCCGCCCAUCAAGCAGGAGCAGGAGGAGGCGUGGCCGGCUCAGCGGGAGGAGCACAACAACGUCAAGUUCUCCUUCUUCCCGAGCAGCGGCGCUGGAAGCGAGCGGGACGGCGACGAGGAGCCCUCCUCGCCUCCGAGGCUGCGGGACCCGGGCGACUCUGAGCCGGACCCCCUGCCCGGCCCCUCGCUCCAGCCCGACGUCCAGGGUGUGGUUCCGGGGAACGACAUGGUGGACUCCUACAUCUGCACUGUCUGCAGGCGCGCCUUCGCCCAGCGGGCCCACUGGGCCAAGCACGCGCAGGUGCAUCGCGAGGUGGGCGGGGCCAAGGCGGACAAGUCGUACACGUGCGACAUCUGCGGGAAAAGACUGACGCGCUUCGACGGCUACCAGAAGCACCUGAGGAUCCACACGGGGGAGAAACCCUACCGCUGCUCCCACUGCGGCCGCCGCUUCAGCGACAACUCCAACUACAAGAGGCACGUCCGCACGCACGAGGGGGCGGAGACGGGCUGAGGGGCGUGGCCUCAUGCUGGUCCUGCCACUCCUCCUCCGUCAGUCCUCCACAACGGAUUCUCUUUCUGAGAUUUUUCAGGAUGUCAAACGUUUCGCUCGCUUUUGUUUUUAUAACCAGAUGAACAACGACCGGUCCGGAGGAGGAGGAGGAGGACAAUUAUAUAUAUUUAUAUAUAUAACUUAUCACAGAUUGAGAGCCUCCCCCCUGCUGCCCGUGUCCCAGCAUGCAUUGCAUUCCUUCACAAGAGAGACCCUUUAAGUCCGCAGCGAGAACAAGAGACCUCAAUGAUGGAAAUAAUUUCACAUUUGAGCUUUUAGCUUUUUAACCCAAAGCAGAAAAGCCAACUGCCCCCAUCAUUAGCCCCCCCCCCCCAUCAUUAGCCCCCCCCCUAUCAACCGGAGAUGCUGUGAAGCACAAUGGCCGACCAGCAGUGAGUAACUGGCGGCGAUGCUUCCGACCGAGCCUCCGGUACACGUGGCAGCGGACCUCCUCCGCGAGGUAUUUGAGCGAUAAUCCUUCUUGUCUGUCGCUGUACUGCACCACGUUAACGCUGGAAAUAAAAUCCUUCCCAUCCUCCUCUCAAA